GGUGUCUUCUGCUUGGCAAGAUCGUGAGCUUUAUCCUACUUCCUCAAGGAGACAGAAAGAGACGGUUUCCCCCCAACAACAAUGAGCUUUCUUACAGACAGAAAUGAAAUAUGCUACUCAUUCCCAGCGCUGCGGAACCAGAGACUCAGAUCCUUGGAGCACUGAGGGCUGCUAGUUUCAUCUGUUCAUCUGGAACCUGGAUCUAAGGAGGGAGGAGGCUUUGCCCCUGCAGCACAGCCAGGGACCAGCCCAGCCAGAUAUUGAAUGGACUGGGUUUUUAGUGAUCGUCCCUGCUCACCUGGAAGCAUCCUUAGUGGAAGAUGGAUGUCAGCCGCUGCAGCAGAACUCGGUGAAAACACCCCCCGCCCCUUCCCCGUGGCACGAGGCUCUGUGAACGGUAACUCCAACCAACGGGCAACCUCUUGAGACUUUCUUCUUCUCAGGACUAUGACACAAUUAAAAAGGAAAAAGCCACAGGCAGAACAGUUGCCAGUGAAAUAGGAGAGGGAGCUUUUUAAACAAGGCUGGCUGCAGCUGGCCUCCCUCGCUCAUCAGCAGGGCGCUUGGUCCGUGGAGUGAAGCUCUUCCAACCUGGGUCAACAAAAAGGGAGAAGAAAUGGCCCAAGAAAUAGAUCUGCAUGCCCUCAAGGAGCUGGAACUCGAGGCCAUUCUGCAGGUCCUGUACAGAGACCAGGCGGUUCAAAACGCAGAGGAGGAGAGGAUACGGAAACUGAAGACGCACCUGCAGCAUCUCCGGUGGAAAGGAGCGAAGAGCACGAACCGGGAGUACACAGAGAAGUGCUGUGCGCGCUGCCAGCAGGUGCUGGGGCUCCUGCUGCACCGGGGCGCCGUGUGCCGGGGCUGCAGCCACCGCGUGUGCGCCCAGUGCCGUGUGUUCCUCAGGGGGACCCCUGGCUGGAAGUGCACAGUGUGCUUCGAGGACAGAAAUGUCAAAAUAAAAACUGGAGAAUGGUUCUAUGAGGAACGAGCCAAGAAAUUUCCGACUGGAGGCAAACAGGAGACAGCUGGAGCGCAGCUCUUGCAAUCUUAUCAGAAGCUGAGCAAAAUUUCUGUGGUUCCUCCUACUCCGCCUCCUCUGAGUGAGAGCCAGUGCAGCUGCAGUCCUGGCAGGUUACAGGAACUUGGUCAGUUUAGAGGAUUUAAUAAGUCCGUGGAAAAUUUAUUUCUGUCUCUUGCCACCCACGUGAAAAAGCUCUCCAAGUCCCAGAAUGACAUGACUUCUGAGAAGCAUCUUCUUACCACGGGCCCCAGGCAGUGUUCGGGCCAGACAGAGAGACGGAGCCAGUCUGACACGGCGGUCAACGUCACCACCAGGAAGGUCAGUGCACCAGAUAUUCUGAAACCUCUCAAUCAAGAGGAUCCUAAAGGCUCUACUUACCCUAUAUUGAAGCAAGAGAAACUCCCAUCCAGCCCAGCACCCAGUGCCAUAUUCUCUGGAGGCUUUAGACACGGAAGUUUAAUUAGCAUUAAUAGCACCUGUACAGAGAUGGGCAACUUUGACAAUGCCAACGUCACUGGGGAAAUAGAAUUGGCCAUUCGUUACUGCUUCAAAACCCACUCUUUAGAAAUAUGCAUCAAGGCCUGUAAGAACCUCGCCUAUGGAGAAGAAAAGAAGAAAAAGUGCAAUCCGUAUGUGAAGACCUAUCUGCUGCCCGACAGAUCCUCCCAGGGAAAGCGCAAGACUGGAGUCCAAAAGAACACGGUGGACCCGACCUUUCAGGAGACCUUGCAGUAUCAGGUGGCCCCUGCCCAGCUGGUGACCCGGCGGCUGCAGGUCUCGGUGUGGCAUCUGGGUGCGCUGGCCCGGAGAGUGUUUCUUGGAGAAGUGAUCAUUCCUCUGGCCACGUGGGACUUUGAAGACAGCACAACACAGUCCUUCCGCUGGCAUCCACUCCGGGCCAAGGCGGAGAAAUAUGAAGACAGCAUUCCUCAGAGUAAUGGAGAACUUGCGGUCCGCGCUAAGCUGGUCCUGCCUUCAGGGCCUGGAAAACUCCAAGAGGCUCAAGAAGGGACAGAGCAGCUGUCUCUUAAUGGUCAACUUUGCUUGGUAGUGCUGGGAGCCAAGAAUUUACCUGUGCGGCCAGAUGGCACCUUGAACUCAUUUGUUAAGGGAUGUCUCACUCUGCCAGACCAACAAAAACUGAGACUGAGGUCGCCAGUCCUGAAGAAGCAGGCUUGCCCCCAGUGGAAACACUCCUUUGUCUUCAGUGGCGUAACCCCAGCUCAGCUGAGGCAGUCAAGCCUGGAGUUAACCGUUUGGGACCAGGCUCUCCUUGGAAUGAACGACCGCUUGCUUGGGGGAGCCAGACUUGGUUCAAAGGGAGACGCAGCUGGUAGCGGGGACGCGUGCUCACAAUUGAAGCUCCAAUGGCAGAAAGUCCUUUCCAGCCCCAAUCUGUGGACAGACAUGACCCUCAUCCUGCACUGACACGAAAGCCACAAGGUUCCAGGUUGCAGCAGGUGUGAAACACUGCGCCCCCAGAGUGGGGCCCCAGCUGGAGACUCUUUAAACCUUGAGCAGUCUCCAUCUGCAGUCCUGCCUGUGGCUUCAACGCCUAUGGGUAUCUCCGGGUACUUAAAUACAGCAAUUGUGUUACCUAAGCCUCUGGUGCGUUAUCUCCUCUUUGAGAUGUGGAACAUGGCCAGAUUUCAACGUUGUUACC